AUGAUAGCUAGGGACUUCAAGCGCGUCAUCCUCAUUGUAGGCCCCUUCUUGUUUCUCGUCUAUGUCGGUAUACGGUGUCUCGACUUCAGAGACUCUGCUUCGGGGUUCAAUACCUGGUUCGAUCACAUCUUCGCGCCCAACUGGAGACAAGACGAUGAGCUGAAGCCGCACUACCGGCCAGCUCCUUCGGCUGCGCCGACGGAGGUUAUACAACCUGUAGAAGGUGUGCCUGAGCAUCUGCCCACAUCGAAACAAACACAUCACGAGAUCUUCUCGACGUCGACGUUCAACAAGAAGUUCUUUGCCAUACGAUUCGGCGAUGAAGCGGCUAUCAAUCCCAACAUUAUUCCACAUCCCACCAUUGAAGGCACCUUUGUGAUUGUAGCGCAAAAGCAGAAGACAAACCAUGACGACUCUGAGCACGUGGAACUCGUUUGCAAUGCCACCUUCACGCUGGAAGGUCUCGUCUGCGUUGACGCGCCCACGGUUCUGCCUAUCGCAGCCACCAAGAGUGGCGAUGACAAGUGCCCACCAAAAUUGGCCUACAUCGCUAUGAACGUUGGGCCCCACGAUGCGAGGGUCUUGUACGGACCCAAAGCACCCUUCAUCGUAUUCGGUUCCAACUCAAUAUUCGCCUGCUUCGGACAGUUCAUGCAGGACUUCCGCACGCUCGGGGACUGGGGCUUCGAGAUGUCGUUGGACCAAGGGUUCGGACUCGGAACGGAGCUUCAACGUCCUCCGCCUUGGGGUACGAUGGAAAAGAACUGGUUUCCGUUCUGGGAUGAAGAGGGCGCAGUCUACGUCCACCAUGACGUGGCGCCGAAGCGCGUCUUUGCAAAGUUGAACACGGACGGCUCCGUGGGGCCGGAUCUUGCGCCGUUGGCUGCCGGUGACGAGGCUUGCAUGAGCAAAUACAUGCCGAAGCUGCCGCCAGAUCUCGAAUCGAUACAUCAAGCGACGAACUCGCUGAGCAUCACGUUUUGCAAGCGCAGCAAUCCAACUUGUAGUGCCACUAGUGACAACACCUUUCUCUUUACGGUGUUUCAACACAAAACCUUUUAUCAAUUCCAUAGCGAGUACGAACCGUACGUAAUGGUGUUCCGACAGAAGGCGCCGUUUGAGGUGUUCGCCAUGUCAAAGCGACCGAUAUGGAUACACGGCCGAGAGGAAAGACUUGAUGGAGGGUCCGACAUGUUUUAUGUAACUUCCAUGAGCUGGAAGAGACAAGAUCAGAGGUAUCACGGUUUCUUGGACGAUGUACUAUUCCUCUCAUUUGGUAUAGAAGAUCAGAGGGCGGGCGCCAUUGAUGUCCUGGCCGAGGACCUAUUGGCUGAACUGGGGACUUGUUUGUCAGCGUGA